AUGGCACCAUCUGGAAGAAAGCAUGCAGGGAAAGCUGGUAAACCAAUACAGGAAGAUCAAGCCUUAUGUGCCUAUGACUUUCAGGAAGAGGAAAAGAAAAACUUGAGUGGAUCAGAAGAAGAUAUUAGGGAAGGUGACACUCCAGUAACUGAUAAACAUGGGAAAAAAAGACCUUCAGUGAUUCCUCAUGCGGUAGUUGAAGAAGAUGUGGGGGGUGAAGUACAGACUAUGCUGGAACGAUUUGGAGCUGACAUUAACAAGGCUCUCUUGGCUAAGAGGAAAAGAUUAGAAAUGUAUACUAAGGCUUCUCUUAAAACCAGUAACCAGAAAAUUGAACAUGUUUGGAAAACACAGCAAGAACAGAGGCAGAAGCUCAACCAGGAGUAUUCCCAGCAGUUCCUGACUUUAUUUCAACAAUGGGAUAUGGACGUGCAGAAAGCAGAGGAACAGGAAGAAAAACUAGCGAAUAUGUUUCGCCAGCAACAGAAGGUUUUUCAACAAGCAAGAAUAGUUCAGAGUCAGAGACUGAAAACAAUUAAACAGCUGUAUGAGCAGUUCUUAAAGAGUAUGGAAGAACUGGAGAAAAAUCAUGAAAACCUUCUAGCAGGUGCACAAAAUGAACUUCGCAAGGAAAUGGCUAUGUUGCAAAAGAAAAUCAUGAUGGACACUGUAAGUAUUAACAUUGAUUUAUGGGGAAAAACAGCUAAAAAUGAAACGACAGAACAUUAAUUAGAAAAAUCAUUUAACAUUCACUUUUAAUAUAUCAGACUGAUGUGGUAUUUUUUCCUAAAUGUUGCAUUUGUUCUGUGUUAUCUCCUUUCUUGUAACAGCAACAGCAAGAGAUGGCAACUGUUCGCAAGUCUCUUCAGUCCAUGUUAUUCUGAUGGCUCAGUGAAGAAACAACUUGCACCUAAGUAACAUGAUACAAUUAUAGCCAUUAGCCAUGGAAAAAUAAGUCUGUUCCUUUAAAAUUCCAAUUUAAGAGUUCCUGUUAAUCAAACUGUUACAUGUAUUGUUUCAAUAAUGUUACUAGUGAACUUGCUAGUCAUAUUUUUCAUGUUCUUAAUGGAAGAGAUUGCAAACUGGAUUCUUUCCUCAGAAACUAUUAAUAUGUCUGCCCGAAUCCUCCUUAACCUUGUUGCAGUGAGAGUUGCUUUUCUAACACUAAGGCAGUAUUAUAAAAUGCAAGACUAUAGCAGUAUGGAGGUUAAUAGAUGUUUACCUCUUGGAACAGGUGAAUGUGUACCAUAGGUAGCAUUAAUGCAAAAUGGAUCACAAAAUUCCACCAAUAAUGACAUCACAGGAUUAAAAGGACACAUUAAAAACUUGAUGCUGUUAUGCAAAAAUGUACCUUUGCAACUUUAUAAUUUGUGAACUAAAGAAACCACCAAAAUAAUCCUAGGUUCUGUGUGUACAUCUUGCAUAUUUAGCAGGAUAACAUACUGGAAAGUUUAGGAAUUAAAAGUAUGCUACACAUGAAUUAUAUUUCUUUGGUACUUUAGGUUAUUAGACUACAUCUUGAGGGGUUUUUUUAAAGUAUCAUUAGUAGCCUUAUUAUAAGCUGUACGUUGUACUUUACUGCACUAGCAAGGACAUACGUUUGCCAAGGCGGCAAGACUCGUUAGUCAUGUUAAACCAGCUGUUUUGGCUUUACAGCAUAGCGCACAUAAUUGGUUUAAAUGAGCCAAAAUAAACAACAAUUUACAACACAGUCUGCAGUGAUUAUUGAUAACACUACACAUCUAUAUACUAUCAGUUCCUGUGGACCAUUUUGGAAGAGAUACUAAAGUAGAUGCCCAUCUCCAGAGCUGUAGUUGGAAGGGUAGUUCUUGCUGCUUUUUGAAAAAAUUAGCAGUUUAGUGAAGAUUAAGUUUUUAAAGUAAAUUCUUUAUAUUUUGUAUAUCAGAGUACAGUGAAUUCUGAUUUACUUUUUUUUACAGCCAGGUUGGAGUUUUCAUGCAUUUGUUUUACAGAAAACCACUGUAUACACAUUCAUUUCUUACAAUUUAGGAAAUCCCUGAAAUAUUUUCAACAUUUUGAUUUAAUACAAAAAAUAACAUUUGGUCAUUAGCUGCUUGACAUCACUAACAAAUAUAACUUGGAGAAACUAACACGAGUUGUAAUGACAGUUUUAGCUUUGAUUCUAUAAAAGAAUGUAUAGUAAUAUGCCCAUAAGGAGUGAUUUUUUUUCCAGUCUUUUCUAGAAUUGCCCUAAAAAUGCACUUUCCCAAAGGGUUCCAAAAUCAGACCUUAGAGAUUCUGUAUAAAAUAUUUGUCCAUUACUUAAUAUUUACAUUUUGGAAUUGGGUUCCCCGAGUUUUCUGACUGCUUCCUGGAUUCUGGAGCCUGUGUCAUAUUUUAGGGAGUUACUGUUGCACUAUUUUCUGGAUAGGGAAGUCUAGGCCAGCUGUUCAUAUUAGCAGGGCAGUUUUUCAGUCCCUGUUUAAAACUGGGAUAGAGGAGGGGAACAGUUUUCUAGAGAGGGGAUUUGUAAUGGCCUAUGCAGUGGAAACAACUAAGCUACUUAUCUGAGAUUGGAAUUUUGAGUUAGUAACCACCAUUGCACCCACACUCUUCCAAAACAGUUAUUAGGACUCAGAGCAAUAAACACUCAUUCAGAGCUAAUUCACACAUGUUGGGAAGACAUGUUAAAGUGUGAGACUCUUUGGUGUCUACCAAGUCAUGGAACUCCACUUAUAUUAUCUCUAAGUUGUCAUUUAAGUAUAAUCAGAUAGUGCUGUAAGUUUUACUCGUUUCUGCUAUGAUAUAGUCAAACAAAUGUUUUUCAGUCCAAUAGAAAGUAUUGCCUACAACAUAAUUUUAUUACGGCACAAUGUUAAUACCCACAGGCACAACUAUACCCUACACUGCAAAUUGUUUUGAGAGCACAACACAAGCUUCUGAGGCCUACUGCUUAGUGAAAAUAAGGCUGAGCUUGUUGUGGAAGAGAAACGGUUGAGUCACUGAAAAUUCUUUCAUGAAGCAGUUCUCGUUUACAGUAUUUAACAGUUCUAAAUAAGAUGCAUCAGUUGCUCUGUAAAGUUGUCAUUACUGCUUAUCUUAUGAAUAACAUGCAUGAAAAUGGUUGUUAAAAGUUCAUCUGUGCAGGAUGCUUUUCUCCCAGUUUCUUGAGCAGGGUAAGGAGGAUGAACCCUUAAGCCUUGUCUACAUGGUCAGUGCAAGAAGUGAGUUACAGGUCCAAUUUUACAGCAGUAGUAUAGCCUCAGCAAUCAAUGAUCCUGUUUUCCAGUAGGAUUCUCAAAUAAUAAAUGGUGUGGAGAACCUCAUGCCCAGAAAGUAUAAUCUUUAUUCAGAAUGCUUGCUAAACAGAAUGUUUUUCAAGUUUAUUAGAAGCAGUAAGAAACACCACCAGAGGAGUGCAGGUAUAUCACAGGUGCAUGAAGGCUGAGAGCUUUCAACCACUUGAAAUCUAACAGGUUAUAUCAUGAUAUUAUUACAAUAAUAAUGUUGGUGGGUUUCUUCACAAAAGUGAAAAUGUGUUUAGUAUAUUCCAAGCUUUGGGAAUGUUGCAAACUGCAUUCUUCAUUGCUUAAACUACAAGCCAGCAAUUGAUAAGGGGUACUUUCACAUUGACGGGCUUUUGUAACUAGUCUAUUGAAACAGCUUGGAGAGGUGAAAAGUUAGGGUUGACUUAUGUUAUGUUUGCUACCUAAAAAUUAGAUUUGGUGGAAGUGUCACUAGCCCUUAGCAAUAGUAAGUCAGAUCUCUUCUGCUGAUUCUCAUUUAUUUAAACACUGGGUUUUAGAUUACCCUCAGUUUUGGCCAGUAUUUUCAAAUAGACAAAUGUGUUAACCAACCAGUUGAUUUCACAGCCUGAGCUCUUAUCACACUGGAUAUUGCUUUACAAUAAUCCAUUUUAUAAUCUGUGAUGAAAUACAGUUAAGUGUCUGAUAAAACAUUGAGUACAAAACAGUGAGAGAUUUUUUUCUAGACAGAUUUUUAUAUUUAAAUACCAGGCUUUCCGAUGUACUGACAAGUUAUACUUAAUUCCUUGAACAGUCUGUUUAAAAAAAAAAAAAAGUCUCACAUACAGCUCAUUGUUACCAUAACAAAGUAAAAACUACAGAGAACACAUUUUGAUGGCAGUUAAUCGGAUAGGUUGCACUGUUGUGUUCAAAGGAUCCUUGCUGAUAAGAUCUAUACAUAUAUAGGCCAAAUAUUUAGUCUGCAGAUUUGCACUUCAGGUUUACAGUUGCAAAUAACUACAGCUAAAAUGUAUGCCAUUUAGAUGCAUCUGAUAAUGCUGAAGUACCAUCAAGUAUCUAAUUUGCAAGCAACAAGCAUUACUUACAAAUUAUGCGUGCAAAACUAGAAGCCAGGCCUUAGAAGGAAACUCAAGCUAUAUAUAUUUUCAGUAACAGCUGAAAUGGAAGCUUCACCCCUGAACCUGUACCCAAAGAGAUAAUGAUAUUCGGAAUUGGUGGGCAGAGUUUGUUAUAAAAGAUGAAGCAGGGGAGGAAGGAAAAGAAAAUCCAGUAGCUUUUUAAAAAAGCUUGGACUAGUCAGGCACUGAGCUCUAUUGACUUCUCUUCACCGUGUCAAACACCAUAUAUUAUAGUAAUAGCAGCAAUGAGUUGCUGGAUGGUUAAUUUUUAAUCAGUCUUGAUUUGAAAAUUUUAUUUUAGGCACAGACUGGAAAUCUGAUUAAUUUUAUAGCAAUUCUCAGCAGUUUGAGAUUUUAGAAACAAUGUAAACUUAAGAAAAUUAGUCAUUUUUCCUCUUGUGUAAAGUGAAACAGCUCUUAGAAUUCCAAUAGUGAGUACUUUUAAUUCUGGUACAUAGACUGACUACAAAUCUAAAGUUAUCUUUUUUCAAUCAAGGAGAAUCUAGUGCAUG